GCAUGUUCGUUGCGCUACCAUGCGUGAUUUCAAUCCCGGUGUCACGUAAUUUUCGUUUUGCAAGCUUCACGUUACCAGUGCUGAUAUCGAUGCCUUGGAUUUUACAGCCAUAUUUGGAUUGAAUUCUCAUCAUCGCAGCUCCUUGGCCACAAGCAACGUCUAGAACGUUGUGAUCUGGUUUAAUCAUACUUCCUUCCAGGAGCUCGUCGUAUAAGGAAUGGUAACUCAGAGGGGGUGGUAUAGGGUCACCUGACUUGGUUUUCCACAGUCCAAACGUUAAGAACCCUUCGUUGUAAUCGUGCUUGAAGUCAACAAUCUGAUUUCUUCUUCGACACAGAUUUAAGAACCAAUCUCAAUAUCAACGUCUCAAAUAAGUCGAUGUCUCACGAAAUAAUUUUAAGAUAACUGUAAUAAUGAACUUAAGAUAUUUUGGUUGAGUAAGCAUUUCCAUUUACAGAUGACGGUCCGUUGAAAUAAUUGACAAUGUUAAUUCCCCGUGCCUCAUCCACAAUUAUAUUUCGUGUAAGAAGUAAGAUUAUGUUAUUUUUUUCUUAAUAAAUAUUUCCUGUCACGUCAAGAAUAAAAAUAAAGUCUUUGUAGAAUAUUCUCCGAACUCGAUUUCUCGGAACAGAUGUGGAAUCUCUAUCACGUGACUCAUAUUGGCCAAUGAGAGUAAUGAAAAGAGCGGCGCCACGUUACUUCGCUGAACUGUUCAUAACGAAGGGAAGGUGAAGCUUGAUGAUCUGGUACUCUCGUCUAGCUAAUUCUAAAGUGAAAGAAUCCACAACCUAGCUAGACUGUACCGAAAUGAGCCAGCAAGAGCGUCAAAUCCUCGGAAGGAACCAAACAAUCGAUCUGGAAAAGUCAGUACCGUUGGGUAUUAGUGAAAUAGCCCUGAGUCAGAUAUUGAUGCCUGACAGAGGUGUGCGUUUGGCUAAUAAACACGAAAUAGAGAUAGAAUGCUUGAAGCAAAGACUCGAAGAAAAGGAAGUGGAGAUAGCUGACCUUCGUCAGAAACUGAAAGAAAUUCAUGAGAAAAACAACGAUCUUCAAAUCAAAUUGAACACAAAAGACAGGGAGGUCGAACAACUAAAGCACAGAAUCCAAACGCUCGAAGAUGAGAAGAAGGACCUACAAGAUGAGUUGUCGGAAGUUAAGACUAAAGUCAAAAGGCUAGAAAGCGAUGUGAAAUCCCUAACCGAGUCUUCAAGGUCAGAUGAGGAAGAGAAAAUAAGGCUUAAAGAGGAUUUACAAAAAGUUGAGUACAGCCUGAAAACUACAGAGGAAAAAUUGACAACAGAAAAUGAAAAGCUUAAGAAAGAAGUGAAGCAGCUCAAAGAAACCCACGUUGUAUCAAUGCUUGAACCACCAAGACUUCUUGUUCUACCAUCAUCGCAAAAUGCGGCUUUGUUGCAUUUUGGAGAAUUGUGCUGGCAAAUUCAAGGUAAAAUGUACAAAAAGGUCUUACCGAAAUACUUUUCUCAAUAUCGUAGCUACAAAGUGAAGAAAGAAUAUCGAGAAAGAUGUCAGCAAACUUGUCAAAACCGAUGAAGAAAGAAACGGCCGCUAGAGAACGUUGGGAAGUCUUAAAAUCCAAGUUAAACUGGAGUGAGGAAUUAGAAGAAGCCAUAAAAUCUCUACAAGAUUCAAGAAAUGUAGAAGCACAUCCAAGAAUAAGCGAGUGGUCGCUUCAUGAAUAUGCUACAGUUUUAGAAGAAGAUGGAAUCUUGAAGGGAUGGCUUUCCCUUGAACGAGUGAACGAGCUUAUAGAAAUCUGGAAACGUUUGAAAUGUGAAGAGGAAUGAUUGCAGUAACUAGUAAGUCUUUUGCCACAAUUUUAGUAUUUUUAAAGAACAUAUUGGUACAUGCCGUAAAGCAUGACUUCAACAGUCGAGAAUUGUACUUUGUAACUUGCAUGCUCUUGUUAGAACAUAAUUUUGUGAACUGAAAUCUGUAUAAUUUAUUCGCAAUAACUCGUUAAGAAUCCAAUGAUGAACGAUUUGCUCAAAAUAAUACUAGACAGACUGAGCCAGAGACAGUCAUACCUAAUGCAUAAUUAUGAAAGAAUUAACCAGAUUCAAUACCACAUUGCCUUGAGGUCAGUACCGGUAAAAAUUACUAAAUACAGCAGCUGGUAAAGCCUCGACAUAAAAAUAGUUCUUAUUUUCGUCCAUAGUAAUGAAACACUCAUCAAUUCUCAGUCAUUCAUGAACGCUUAUUGUUAUAAAAAAUAUGGUUUUAAAAUGUAACAAAUGAGACAAUUAGUGCAUGAUCAGAUUUUGUGAUGCACUUCUAGAACCUAAGCAAAUAAAAUAAUUCAAAGAA